ACUUGCUGUCAAACCAGCUGCUGCAGGACCACCUUCUGCAGGCCAACCUGUGUGGCCACCUGCUGCCAGCCCACCUGCUGCAGCGCUCCCUGCUGCCAGCCCUCCUGCUGUGGGUCCAUUGGCUGUGGACAGACCUGCUGGGGGUCCAGCUGCUGCCAGCCUUGCCGCCGCCCAACCUGCUGUCAAACCAGCUGCUGCAGGACCACGUGCUGCCGGCCGACUUGUGUGGCCUCCUGCUGCCAGCCCACCUGCUGUGGGUCUAGUGGCUGGGGGUCCAGCUGCUGCCAGCCUUGCUGCCGCCCAACCUGCUGUCAAACCAGCUGCUGCAGGACCACCUGCUGCCGGCCGACUUGUUCGUGCUGCUCCCCCUGCUGCCAGCCCACCUGCUGUGGGUCUUGCAGCCGCCCAACUUGCUGUCAAACCAGCUGCUGCAGGACCACCUUCUGCAGGCCAACCUGUGUGGCCACCUGCUGCCAGCCCACCUGCUGCAGCGCUCCCUGCUGCCAGCCCUCCCCCACCUGCUGUGGGUCUUGCAGCCGCCCAACUUGCUGUCAAACCAGCUGCUGCAGGACCACCUUCUGCAGGCCAACCUGUGUGGCCACCUGCUGCCAGCCCACCUGCUGCAGCGCUCCCUGCUGCCAGCCCUCCUGCUGUGGGUCCAUUGGCUGUGGACAGACCUGCUGGGGGUCCAGCUGCUGCCAGCCUUGCCGCCGCCCAACCUGCUGUCAAACCAGCUGCUGCAGGACCACGUGCUGCCGGCCGACUUGUGUGGCCUCCUGCUGCCAGCCCACCUGCUGUGGGUCUAGUGGCUGGGGGUCCAGCUGCUGCCAGCCUUGCUGCCGCCCAACCUGCUGUCAAACCAGCUGCUGCAGGACCACCUGCUGCCGGCCGACUUGUGUGACCCCCUGCUGCCAGCCCUCCUGCUGUGGGUCUAGUGGCUGUGGACAGUCCUGCUGUGGAUCCAGCUGCAGCCAGCCAGUGUGCUCUGGACCCGUGUACUGCCACAGAACCUGCUACCAGCCCACCUGCUGCUGCCUGCCUGGCUUCAUCUGCCCACAACGUUGA